AUGUACAAGGCCGUCAUCCUGCCGACGUUACUGUACGGAGCAGAGACAUGGACGGUGUACACGAGGCAGGCACGUCGACUGAACCACUUCCACCUCAGUUGUCUUCGUCGCAUCCCGAGGCUGAACUGGCAGGAACGAAUCCCCGACACAGAAUUACUGGAACGAACGGGAAUGCUCAGCAUCUACGCCAUUCUGAGACAAAUGCAGCUGCGCUGGAGCGGCCAUCUGGUGCGCAUGGACGACGAGCGACUACCCAAACGACUCUUCUACGGAGACGUCGCGACGGGUUCUCGUCGUCAAGGAGGACAAAUUCGCCGUUAUAAGGAUACCCUGAAGUCCUCCCUGAAGCGCCUGCAAAUCAACCCGACCAACUGUGAAGAGCUCGCCCGCGAUCGGCCGAAUUGGAGGAGGACAGUGAAGACGGGCGCUGCUAUCUACGAAGCCAACCGCAUCGCGGCCGCCAAAGUGAAACGCGAAGCCCGCAAAUCACAAUCUCGCCCAGUACGCAACGCCGCCGCACAACCGCUCCCUACGUGUCCUCGAUGUCAACGGACAUUCCGAGCACGAAUCGGACUUGUUGGACAUCUUCGGAUCAACUUCACCUCUCGAACUGCUCCAGCCAUCGUCCCCCCGCCCGCCUCUUCCUCCUCUCUUCCGCCAACUAACUCUGACACUCCUUCUGCACCACCACUUCCAUCCUCCUCCUUUUUCUCCUCCACUGCCCCAGCGGCGGCCGUUCAGACUGCCGUCUCACACAUCACCAACCCCGACACAAUAACCGCCACCACCCCCACCUCUCCCGAUUCCAGUGAUGAGGAUCAGGACUACACCUGCUCUCACUGCGACCGCACCUUCACCUCUCGCAUCGGCCUGGUCGGUCACUUGCGAAUCCAUCGCACAGAGACUGGUGAACCAGUGCCUGGAGCACCAACCUACACCCACCGCACUCGCUUCCACUGCCCACAAUGCCCUCGCACCUUCAGGCACCGCAUGGGCCUAUUCGGCCACAUGCGCAUCCACGAGAGCGGAAUUGACCGCAGGCUUGACACACCCACCCCGCCGAGCCCCACUCCCAAUCCAUCACCUUGUGCACCCACUAACCACUCCCCAGCCGACAUCGACGCCACCGACCUUACCACCCCUCACUCCUCCCCUUCCUCCUCCUCUUCCUCCUUCACUGCCACAACGACGGCCACUCCGGCGUCUGUAGCGCAUGACUUCACCACAGCCGCACCUGACACAACAACAGGCACAACCCCUGCAACCUCCAUCAUCAGACGUGAGGGCAAGGACUACAUCUGCCCUCACUGCGAUCGCACCUUCACCUCACGCAUCGGCCUGGUCGGUCACCUGCGAACCCAUCGCACAGAGACUGGCGAACCAGUGCCUGGAGCACCAACCUACACCCACCGCACUCGCCUCCACUGCCCACACUGCCCUCGCACCUUCACGCAUCGCAUGGGUCUAUUCGGCCACAUGCGCAUCCACGACGACCUGCGGUAG